AUGCAGAUCACCAACGCCUUCAUGACCCUGGCCCUCAUCGCCAUGGGUGUCAACGCCGCCCCCGCACCCUUGAACAUCAACCUGGGUGCCUACUCGCCUGCCUUGGUAGUCGGUGAUGGUGCGCUCACGUUCUCAGGUGGCGCAGAAGGUGGUGCCGGAGGCGGCGCUGGUGAGGGUGGCGGAAAGGGUAAGGGAGGUGGCAAGGAGGGUGGCGCCGCUGGCGGUGAGGGAGCAGCAGCCGCUGCCGCCGCCGCCGCUGGUGUCGGAGGUCCUCAGGGCAUUAUUGCCGGCCGCGAUACCAAGGUGGAAAAGCGACAGCUCGGCGGUUUUGACCGUGCCCUCACCUUCGCUGAGGCCGCUCUUACGAAGGGUCCCAAGGUGCAACUCGGCAACGGUGAGGGUGGUGCCGGUGUCGGUAUGAUCGUUGAGCCGGGUGCUGUCGGAAAGUCAACUGGCAAGGCAAAGGCCUAG